UCAGCUUCAUUGAGUCCAGUCAACGAAGAACAGUUGGACGUGCAGUAGGAUUGGAGGUGUCCGGUAUCUCAUUUCCAUGAUAUCCAUCCUGUCACUAAUCAUGUCCCUGUGGUCCCCCAGGACUUAUCAGAGGACCACCACUCGCCGCCGCUGCUGACUGUCAAUGGACCCGAGGACAAGCUGUUCCGCAGCAAGAGCGCCGACAUGGAUCAGCUGACGUCAGAGAAGGAGCGCAUUAAGAAGAUGCUGUCUGAAGGGUAAUGUUAUGGAACAGGCCCCCCUGCACAGUGCAGUUCUCCAAACACAUACCUUGUAGUUACACAAUGAGAUCCAAAAAGCUCUUGGUCAGGUCUACUUUCAUUGUGCCACCAUGGUCAUUCUUUACAGUGGCUCGGUCUCUCUUGGGAAAGAGGUAUUCUGACCUCAGUGUGACUUCCUGGUUAAAUAAAUAUACUGUAUACUGUAGACCAUGUAUUGUGAAUAACAUGUAUAAGCAAAGCAUACAGUACACACUAUCUUUCUCCAAAUGGUAAUAAUGUGCCACACCAUUGGUGUGAAGUCACAUUGGUGUCUUCAAAUAACCUUUAAAAUUUGCCUGCACCAGAAUGUGACAUUUUAAAUGUAAAAUGUAAAUGUAGCCGAUUGUCUCCCACUGUCUGGUGUUGUCAUGCAACUGUUGGGUUGCCACGGAGUCACUGAGCAGCUAUCACAUUGUGUCGCCAGGCAUAGUGUGUGUUCCCCAUCAUCUGAUUUCUGGGGCAGCGUUUGCGCUAACGUGCCAAAUGAUGAUAACAGUUCAGUGGCUUAUGAUGCGAAGCAUAAAUGUGAUCAAAAUGGCAGGGGCCUUUUUAGAACAUCGGAUAUAUGAUGCUUAAGUGAAUGGAACGUCACACGGACGCUGCGCUCACUUAAUAGGAUGAUGUGACCAGGCGACUGUCGCACACAAUUUAACUCACCACUACAUUUAGGGAGGAGCAUGCGUGGCAAGAGGAAAGCAGAUUAGUGCUUAAAGCAAACCAUUAGAUAAUAAUAACUCCUAUAUAUCUGUGGAAAUGUACUAGCUAAAUUAAGUCAUGGCCCUAGGCGGUAUGGUUUCCCCUAUUGUGGAGGUUGUUGUGAGUGGGAGGUUGAACCCAAUGACAGGUGGUCACUGACUGUAUGAGGCUGAGUCAUGUGUAGUUAAAACAUGAUCAUUAAUGAGGCUCUACCACAGAGCCAUUCAGACACCAGUCUGCCCUCCAUCCCACCCAAGCACACAAAACACAAUUUUAAACCCAAUGUUCUCUGACAACCCCUCCUUGUCCUUUUCUUGCAUGUAAUGAGGGUUGUAUGUUUUUUAGUGCAUGUUGCCAUGGUGAGUUGGUUGGUAGUUGGCAGGCAGUUAGAAAUGGCAUGGAGGGUGUUUUUGCCUGAGGCCUCAGUACUUUAGAAGAUGCUGGUCUUAGAAGACUGGUGUAAUUCUCCCAUCUCCCUCAAAUUAUUUGAAAGCUCUUGUCCAUUCAAUGUAAUGACUAAUGGUCCCACAUUCUGGCAUAUCACUUGGUGAGCAGUACUUUGCACCUGACUAUGACUUCUGAUUAGUCUAAUCAUGGUGCACUUAUCUUCUGAUUUGUUUUUUCCUCCAGGUCCAUAUGUGAGAUUAACCUGGAGUCAGAGCUGUUCACCCUGCAGGACAGCAACGCUAAGCUAGUGGCGGCGCUUCACGAGGCUAACACUGGCGUGGAGGAGUGGAAGAAACAGCUGGCCGAGUAUCAGGAGGAGACUGGCAGGCUCCGAGAUCAGGUAAGAGCUAUGGUGACAGACCACAGUGGGUAACCCUUAGAUUUUGCCACUUUGGUGGUCGAAGUGGGAUCCUGACCAUGAGAGAGACCAUUCUCAAAGCAACAGCAUAUGAAGAUCUACUGAAGAUCAAUGGUCACAUGGUAGUUAAACCUGGGUUAUGUCAAAGGACCAUACUGACAUUUGGUAAAUGCAGCACAUUCAGAGCUGCGGACCACCAGUUUGAUGAUAAAUGUUAUAUAUCACUGUUGACGUGCCUUCGAUAAUCAGAGGGAGAAUGUGUUUUGCAUAACUUAAACUUAAUUGGAAAAAGAGAUGUGCCCUUGGUCAAGCUUAAUGAGGUUAUUUCAUGUGGCAGAUUAAAGUACCACCGUAACAUCUGCCGAAAAACAAUUGGCUGUCAACAGUCCUAUUUUAGCUCCAGGUACUGAGGGGAAUAACAUCCAUCUCAGUCCAAAAAAAGCUACGGUUAUCCACUUCUGCAACAAAGUCAUCCAGGUGGUUGGAAGUAGACCAUGUCCGCAGGGCUUGGCGGGGCGGUAAGGCAGUUUGAGGACAGGACACUCUAUUUCCCCCUGCCCUAGUUAGGGAGGAAAAUACAAAUCACCAGAGGGAUAGAAGGGAAGCCAUUGGCUAGGAUUUUCUACCAUGCCACCAUUCAAAGUAAGCCCUUUCCUCUCUCCAAGGAGUAGACACGCUUUACUGAAGGGGUUGGUUUAUUUUCGCGGGUAUCUCUGACACUGCAGAGAUGCUCUGGUCCCCAGCCUGCUCUCUCAUGUCUUGCCUUGCACUUCUGUAGACAGUAGCUGAGAUGCGGUAGGAGCGAAGCGAGGAAGUCCUUUUUAAAGACAAACCAAAUCAAGGGAUGGUAGAGCACACUCUGUUCUAAAAUCCCAUCUGUUGGUUCUCUCAAAAUGCUAACAUUGUUCAUACAAGCUCUUUUGAGCUAAUUUCACCAUAAUGUAUUCGACUUGGGCUCCUAUUCAUUUUCCUGCAAGGCAAUUUGAUGACUGUUUUAGAGAUAGAAUUUGAAUUUCAGAAAGGACUAUUUUCAUGUACUGUAUGUUGGGGUUAGAUUGGCUUCAGGUCUCAUCAGUAAGACUUGUCAGCGGUGGUGUGAAAGGGGACAUUCCCCUGGGGACUUACUGUCACAUGGAUUUGACAGGAUGGGGUUGGGUCCUAUCGGAAUGCUAGAUACCCUUACAGCAGCUUUCUCAAGCUCCGAUGGAUGGCAUGACAUGGAAUCUUAAAGGGCCACUUUGAAAUUCACUCUGAAGAUGCGGAGGAGAAACAAAGAGAGACAUGUAAUUGCGAAGGCUGAGCACAAACCCAUGCAAACUUCAGUCAGUUUUCAAUAAACAAGUCUGUUUUGUUGUUGUACGAUUCGAGCCAUGUUCCUGUCUGUUGUUAAAGUGAAGAUAAUUGGGGAAAAGUAAAAAAGUUUAGACUUCAAGGGGUAAAUGGUUUGUCCUCUCUUUUAAUCACUGUCACUCCCCACAUGAGAAUAUGUGGAAUUCAAACCUUUGAGUCACAAUUUAUUUGCAAAACACAUAAAAGUAGGUCAAAUGAAUGUGUCUACAUUAUCAUACCUUAUUGUUAAAGCCCUCCGGCAAUAAAAAAAACGAAUCUCCAAUACGGAAAAACGUGCAGUCAAAAUAAAUUGUGAGCCAAACACAAAACGUAUCGACUGCCCACCCUUGAAAGAGAAUCAGCAACCAAGUUGUCCUUACCACGGACAUGUCUGAUUUUCAAAAGGAAAUUCCUGUAAAUCCGUAGUAAGUUUUCUCUCGUGAUUUUCCUCAGUGGAAUGAAUGACCUCAGGGAAACUAAUGGCAGCGCACAUGAUCGUCAAGAGAAACUGAUUACCACUCUUUGCGUUGGGCAAAGGACCAACACAAUCCAGCAGAACUCUGCUGAAAGGUUCUUCAAAAGCAGGAAUAGUCUGCAAAGGUGCAACCGGCACAGCUUGGUUCGGUUUACCCGUCCGCUGGCAAACGUGACUGUAUUUACAGUAAGCCACAACAUCCUGUUUCAGAGCAGGCCAGAAGACGUUACGCAAGAUACGGUCAUACAGUGGGGAAAAAAAGUAUUUAGUCAGCCACCAAUUGUGCAAGUUCUCCCACUUAAAAAGAUGAGAGAGGCCUGUAAUUUUCAUCAUAGGUACACGUCAACUAUGACAGACAAAAUGAGAUUUGUUUUCUCCAGAAAAUCACAUUGUAGGAUUUCUAAUGAAUUUAUUUGCAAAUUAUGGUGGAAAAUAAGUAUCAAUAACAAAAGUUAUCACUCCAGGACCUUGAAAUGCUUCUUACGAAGCCACUCCUUCGUUGCCCGGGCGGUGUUGUCACGCCCUGACUCUAGGGACUUGUAUUUGUUGAGUCAGGGUGUGUAUUUUCUGUGUUGGGUUUGUCAUUGUUAUAGAAUCUAUGAUGUGUAGAUCUAUGUUGGCCUGUGUGGUUCCCAAUCAGAGGCAGCUGUCGCUCGUUGUCUCUGAUUGGGGACCAUACUUAGGCAGACUUUUGACACCUGUUAGUUGUGGGAUCUUGUUCCGUGUGAGGUAUGUUAUUUGUCUACCUUGGACGUCACGUUUCGUUUGUUGUUUUGGUUGUGCGUUUAUUCGUGAAAUAAAUAUGAAUGCAUAUCACGCUGCGCCUUGGUCCUUCUCAUCUUUAAACGAUCGUGACAGAAGAUCCCACCAAUCCUGGAUCAAGCAGCGUGACGAGGAGAGAGGAUGGACUUGGGAGGAGAUGAGCGAGAGUCUGGCAAGAGGGAUGGAGGCCAUGAUCACGGGGGAGAGACAAGCCCAAAAUAUUUUUAGGGGGGGGCUCACGCCGUGGACGACGAGGCAGCAGGAAGCCGCAAUAGAGCGGUUCAGCUGUUUUGCAGAGGAGGCCGCCAGAUUAAGGGGGUCAUUGGUUCAGAGGGAACAGAAGGAAAGUGUAGAGGCACGGCGAGAGGAGCUGGUUAGGCAGCAGAAGGAGCGGGGGUUAAUGAAGGAACCCAGUCCCGCUCCUCGCACCAAUCAAGUGGUGCACGUCGCCAGCCCGGCCCGGCCUGUUCCUGCCCCGUGCACCAAGCCAGUAGUGCGCGUCGCCAGCCCGGUCCGACCUGUUCCUGUCCCUCGCACCAAGCCAAUGGUGUGCGUCGCCAGUCCGGUACGGCCCGUUCCUGCUCCCCGCACCAAGCCAGUGGUGCGCGUCGUAAGCCCAGUCCGGCCCGUUCCUGCUCCCCGAACCAAGCCAGGGGUGCGUGUGUCCAGUCCGGCACGGCCCGUGCCUGUUCCACCGGUGCCUGGUCCGGCACCCGUCAGCUGCUCCACUCCGGAGCCAGAGCAAUCCGCUCCACCGGGGUCCAGUCCAGCUCCGGUCAGCGGCUCCACUCCGGAGCCUGAGCAGUCCCCUCCACCGGUGCCUGAUCCAGUUCCGGUCAGCGGCUCCACCCCAGACCCAGACGUCAGCCCCUCUCCAGGUUCGGGGUCUCCCACACCAGGGUCCAGACAGGCCGUGGUACUUCGUGGGAGGAAGGAGAGAGGAAGCAGCGCGCCAAGGUCUAGACCAGACCAGGGGCGCAACGGGGAGGUGGAGAGUAAGUCGUGGUCACACCCGGAGCCGGAUCCGCCUCCGAGGCGGAAUGCCCACCCGGCCCCUACCCAGUUAGGUUUAUGUGGCGCGGUCGGAGUCCACACCUUUGGGGGGGGGGGGGGGGGUACUGUCACGCCCUGACUCAAGGGACUUGUAUUUGUUGAGUCAAGGUAUGUAUUUUCUGUGUUGGGUUUGUCAUUGUUAUAGAAUCUAUGAUGUGUAGAUCUAUGUUGGCCUGUGUGGUUCCCAAUCAGAGGCAGCUGUCGCUCGUUGUCUCUGAUUGGGGACCAUACUUAGGCAGCCUAUUGACACCUGUUAGUUGUGGGAUCUUGUUCCGUGUGAGGUAUGUUAUUUGUCUACCUUGGACGUCACGUUUCGUUUGUUGUUUUGGUUGUGCGUUUAUUCGUGAAAUAAAUAUGAAUGCAUAUCACGCUGCGCCUUGGUCCUUCUCAUCUUUAAACGAUCGUGACAGGUGUGUUUGGGAUCAUUGUCAUGCUGAAAGACCCAGCCACGUUUCAUCUUCAAUGCCCUUGCUGAUGGAAGGAGGUUUUCACUCAAAAUCUCACGAUACAUGGCCCCAUUCAUUCUUUCCUUUACACGGAUCAGUCGUCCUGGUCCCUUUGCAGAAAAACAGCCCCAAAGCAUGAUGUUUCCACCCCCAUGCUUCACAGUAGGUAUGGUGUUCUUUGGAUGCAACUCAACAUUCUUUGUCCUCCAAACACGACGAGUUGAGUUUUUACCAAAAAGUUCUAUUUUGGUUUCAUCUGACCUUAUGACAUUCUCCCAAUCCUCUUCUGGAUCAUCCAAUUGCACUCUAGCAAACUUCAGACGGGCCUGGACAUGUACUGGCUUAAGCAGGGGGACACGUCUGGCACUGCAGGAUUUGAGUCCCUGGCGGCGUAGUGUGUUACUGAUGGUAGGCUUUGUUACUUUGGUCCCAGCUCUCUGCAGGUCAUUCACUAGGUCCCCCCGUGUGGUUCUGGGAUUUUUGCUCACCGUGUACCUAUGAUGAAAAUUACAGGCCUCUCUCAUCUUUUUUGCACAAUUGGUGGCUGACUAAAUACUUUUUUUCCCCACUGUAUGUCUUGUUGACCCCAAGAUGGCCUGCCAUACUACCAUCGACAAGAGAUACUGAGGUUGGCUCACGAAGUGUAACUGGAACGACAAUUUGAGAUACACUAGGCCAAUCGUCCUGCCCAGAAGUGGCGCGUGAACGCCAUUUCCUCAUUAGAACACCAUCUCUGUCAAAGUAACCCACACGAACUUCAUCAAACUCCUCCUCUGGACGUAUCUCAGCAAAAAGAGGGGAGAGGGAAACAUCUUUACUCUGUUCAGCAAUCAGCAGCUUCCUAGACAUCGAAGUGUCAACUUUAGGAACACUCUCUUCCUUCAGUGGUCCUACAAACUUGCUCACCUUGGGGGUUUUCAAAGGAUCACCCAUAAACGUGAAGAUACUGCGGGGCAGCCCUUCUUUUCGGAGGGUGUUUUGCCUUUGUCUGACUCUACAUUUCCCAAAAUGAACGAGACCUCCUUCACCGGUAGGCUAAGCCUAGGGCUGUUGCGGUGACCGUAUUACCGCCACACCGGCGGUCACGAGUCAUGAAGGCAGUCAAAUUCCACGUGACCAUUUAGUCACGGUAAUUAGGCUUCUCCAAUCUCUGAUGCUGUUGAUGGUCAUUAGUAGCCUACCAAACUUGCUAACUGCCUGGUACUCAUCACUCUAUUGUCCCUCUAAUCACUCGGACAUAAAUGCAAAUGUCGUCAAAUCUAAUCAAACACUUCAUGAGAGCCCAUGAGCUCAUGUUGCGCAACAUUUCUAUAGGCUAUGCAAUUGUGUGAGAAAACAGAGUGAUGGUCUCUACUAAAAAGAGGAGGAUCCCAUCAGCUUUCUAUAGACUAGGCCUACUAUAUUUAUUCCUCAACUUUCCUAAUAUUAAGCACAUUGUUUAUCUUUACAACAGGAGUAUAGCCUACCUGGCUGGCAUGAAAAUGAACCACAGGAAAAGCUAUGCACUAUUUAAGUGCAUAGAUGACAUGUAUUUUUUCCCGCUGCCCCUGUUUCGAGACAGGUGCAUGAUAAUGGUCCAUUCUAAAUCAAAACAAAUUUUACACACGUAUUAUUUUGUAUAUGUAAAGACAAGAUUAAAUCAAGAAUAGUCUGAUGGGUGACAGUAUUAGCCUAUCACUUGUGAAUGAUAUAUAAUCACUUGGGAAUAAUGCCCAGCAUAAGAAACUGCCUUUUUUUUGCGACUUUUUCUAAUCACACCCCAUACAGGGGCGGCAGGUAGCUUAGUGGGUAAGAGCGUUGUGCCAGUAACCGAAAGGUCGCUGGUUCUAAUCCCCGAGCCGAUUAGGUGAAAAAUCUGUCGGUGCCCUUGAGCAAGGCACUUAACCCUAAUUGCUCCUGUAAGUCGCUCUGGAUAAGAGCGUCUGCUAAAUGACUUAUUAUUAUUAUUAUUAUUAUUAUUAUAUAAUUAUUAUGUAGCCUAGCUAGGCCUAUAUGUUUUGAUAAGGUUUGUAUCACAACUAAAUUGGCCAAAUAACUUCUUAAAAUGAAGCACAUUAAUCCGCUUUACAAGGGGUUUAGAGCCUAACUGGCAUACAUAAGCAGCGCGUGAGUUUCAAGUUUGGGGAAGAUCAUUUUCACCAUAAAAAUGCACCUUUUAUAAUAAAAGCAUUAAAUGCAUAAUCACAUUUGCGGUCACUGUUGAUAAUGGUGUUUACCACUAAUGGAACAUUUGCGCUUAUAGCCUACUGCCAUGUGCGCAUUGCUGCACAUAUAAUGUGAAGAAAUAGCCUAAUUGUUUAUCAACAUUUUUAAGCUAAAUGUUCUGAUGCGUCAGCCACAUUGCGUAACAUUUUUUGGGGGGAUGCUAGUGGUUAUAUUAAUUUGGGAUCUAUUGCACCCCACGACUGUCCCAGACUGUGUUUGGAAUAUUUAUUUCUCGCACAGAAUAGAAUAAGUCGACUUUUGUACUAUGGGGGAUAGUAGAUUGACAUAGGCUAGUGCUUUUGCUGUUCGUUAGGCCUACUCAUCUUUGUUGGCUGACAAAAAGUAAAUGUGGACAGUUCUUCCAAUAUCUUCUUAUAUGCACCUCGGAAUUGGAUAAGGACGCGCACAGUUGCGUCCCCGAUGUGUCGGUCUUCACUUGUAGCCUGUGAAAAAGACCCGAUCACGUGAUGGAGGGCCAUGUGAGUGAGAGGCGCUCCGGAUUGGGCAGCACACCGGGCCAUUUUUUUUUUGUGUGGGUGCAUUAUGGCCACAAAGGGGAUGCCGCCCUGAAAUUCAAGGCAUUAUCAAGUGCUUGUCAAAUUGUGAAUGAGAGACUAUUGAAGUGUGUAAAGCCUGCGCAAAAAACCUUUCAAGCAUUCGUCUCAUCAUGCAGCCUUACAAUGUAUUAAAAAUCAAAACUUGUAGCCCAACGUUUGUAGAACAACUAGUUACAUUAAUAACUCUAAGCAUAUAGGAGUACCUAUUUCUUUGUUAACCGCUCAACACAGAAUAGCCGCAUGUGCUCACUCUCAAAUCGUUUGGAGAAAAUAUGUAUAUUUUAUUCAGCUUUGUUCAAUUGGUUUCUUCAUACUAUAAAAUAAUGCCACGGAAUUCUAAGCAAAUCUGGUCUGCUAAAUGAACUAGUGUAGCCUACAGCCAUUUGGCAUAGCCACAUCACGACCUAACAUAAGGACAACUGAGUACGCUAUUCUUUUCUUCUGAAAUAGACUACAUUUUCUUCAUAUCAUGCUUCUUUAGACCUGUCUAAAAUAAAUAAUGGAUUUAUUGUGAUAGUGUAGGCUAUAUUACAUGGAUUUAUUAGACUUUUUUAAAUGUAGAAGUUCAAAAGGUCUGCGUCAGUGGCUUGUAGGCUAUGUGUGGAAGCCAGGAGAUGCUAAGUGUGUUUAUGUUAAUGAACGGUCAAUUACCAUGAGACCGACCGUUAUUUGCUUGACAAUCACCGGCUGACAAAAUUUGGUGAUCGCCACAGCCCUAGCUAAGCCUCACUCCAACAACAACGGAACCAGAAAUAAGAUCAGACUCGAGUUCCACAUUAUACAGAGGAACCUCCAUGCAACCCGUCUCCACACCUUGUACUAACACACUGUAACCAGUUGCUAAAGUGUCAGACAAAGGCAAAAUACCCUCCAAAAUGAAGGACUGUGCUGCCCCAGUGUCUCGCAGUAUUUUCACUGGCUGCUUAACAGUAUCGCCACUCUGCAGAGACAUGAACCCGUCUGAAACAAAGGGUUCAUACACAUCUGAUCCAAAAUCUUGUUUAGGAGAUACCCCAGUCCCAACCAGAGACUUAAUGGGCUGGAGUGCUCUCACAAGAAGAAACUGCUUUUUCUUUCUCUAAUUUUUCUGCGCUGUUGCGCCUUCUUCACCAUACUGUAUGUGUGGGUAGACCAUUUCAGAUUAUCAGUGAUGUGUUCAAGCCGGCUGUUCCGACCAAGACCAAACUCUGUUGAGGGUGCAGGAUGGCCUGACUGGAUUCAGUGUUUCCAGAUCUAGCUCUCUUGGUCGAAUGGCAUGCUCAUGUUCUUGUUGUCUGGCUGCAUGUUCAAGUUCUUGUUGUUUGGCUACACGCACAUCUUGUCUUUCCCUGUGCUCUAGCUCUAAUUUCUGUUGUUCCCAUUUUGCCUUUAGUUCUAUCUCUCGCAGUUGCAUGUCAAUGGGGUGUACUCUACCAUAUCUAUCUCUAUGGGGUGUACUCUACCACCCGUAGGACCCUUUUCAUCAUCCUCCUUCUCCGGAAGAAUUUCCUCCUCCACCAAAGCAAUAUACUGUAGACUAACCCUUUGACUACCACUUUUGAAUUGGCAUGUGCAACUUCGAUGUCAUUAUGCUUUGCAAUGACGAGCAGAUUCACCUUUUUACAUUUAUCUAGCAUCUCCCAUGUAGGGUUUUCCACAAAUGCUUCCAACUUAAAGUACAUGUUUUUUAUUUUAUAAGCCUGUCUGUUUAUGCAACUUUCAAAAUGAUUCCAACAGUCUUAUAACCCCUCAGGGUCGAUGUCAGUGACAGAAACAACCACAAAAGUGUAUUUUGAACGUUCAAAUAUCUGGGCAGAGCUUCAGAGUAGGUGAUUAGAGCGACGACCAUACUCAUGGGAAACAAGAUCCCGGAUGAGCCCCCAUUUUGUUAUGUUGCCAGGCAUUAAAAAAUUGUCGCUCAAAUAGAAAGGGGAACUGACAGUCACUGACAACAACCAAAACGAAACAGGUGGGGGUUUUAGGAGGGGUUCUGAAAGACACUCAUGGGGGUGUUCACUGAAAGUUGACUAGCAACAACAACUGGGACCUAAAAGACACCCACCAUGAGCUUCCACUAAAUUUGCCCAAGAACGGGCAACCAAAAUUUUUACUCAAACCAAACUUAGACAGGAAGCAAACCAAGAAGUGGAGCAAAAUAAAAACCGGUAAGAUCAGAAAAGGAUUGUUCUUUUAGAAAUCAAAUGGGGAGAGCCAACUAAAGGUGUUAACCCUCCACAUCUCUCAAGACAACUAGAGCACUGGGCCAGCCACUCUUUAAUAUUACCUGGGCCAGCCCAGGUGAAACACCUUCCCACAAACGAGAUGACAAACCAACACAGGUGUAACACAUACUGACUAACGAGGUGACGCCAAUCUGUGCGCCCCACAUGCUAACGUCCAACCUCAAAAUAUAAAUGGAAAAACCAAAGCCUGUAAUAGCAUGUAUACUAGGAUUUAAAAAGUCCUUAUUUAGAGGGUUAUUCUCUCCGUCUCUCUCUCUCUCUCUGGUGUUGUGUGUUUGCAGGUGGCAGAGCUGGAGGCUCAGAGCGGGCGGCCUGGUCCCAGUGAGUCUGAGACGAGGGAUGAGCUGACCCAGACGUUAGAGGAGUUGGAAGCCUUGCUCAAAGCUAAAGAUGAGGUAAGACCCGGGGCUCAGACACACUUUCCAGGCAGCCAGGUACUGCUUGCCUCAACAUGCCAGUCUUCUAGGCUGUCUAGAUAGCGCCGUUGAAAGAAACUAGUGAGGUACAAGCUGAGGUUUUCACUUGAGAAUCUCAAGAAACAGAUUUUUCGAGCACUUCCCAUCUGGAAGGGGAAAUUUCCUUGGUAGAUGUGUUUAGCAUACUCUGAAUUCCACCUCUUGUUCAAAGGAAAUUGCUAUAUGUACUGUAUAUCUACAGGUAACUGCCGAAAUAAAGGAAACAUCAACAUAAAGUGUCUUAAUAGGGUGUUGUGCCACAAGCCAGAACACCUUCAAUGCACCUUGGCAUAGAUUCAACAAGUGUCUGGAACUAUUGGAGGGAGGUGACACCAUUCUUCCACAAGAAAUUCCAUCAUUUGGUGUUUUGUUGAUGGUGGUGGAAAACUCUGUCUCAGGCGCCGCUCCAGAUUCUCUCAUAAGUGUUCAAUUGGGUUGAGAUCUGGUGACAGAGACGGCCAUGGCAUAUGGUUUCCAUUUGUUUUCAUGCUCAUCAAACCAUUCAGUGACCAUUCAUGCCCUGUGGAUGGGGGCAUUGUCAUCCUGUGGUAGCCAAAAUAACGGACAACUGGGCCUACCCAGCAUUUUUAUACAUGAUGGGAUGUUAAUUGCUUAGGAAUUGCUCAGGAACCACACAUGUGGAAGCACCUGCUUUCAAUAUACUUUGUCUUUUUUAGGAAAUCCACAAUCUACAGAGCAAGAAUUCAGAUAUCCAUGAUUUAGAGAAAGAGAGGGAAGAGGCAGUUCAGCGACUUCAGGUGAGUUUUAGGAAUUGGGGCAGAACAUGCAUUUUUGGCUUUUCGAAACAAUACUGAACACCAGUGAUUCUCAGCCGGGGGGCGGGCACCGCUUGGGGGUCUCAGAGUUUUCAAAGGGUCUGAAAAAAUACAGGGGGAAAAACUAAAGAUAUGACAGUGGGAGAAUCUCAGUUGCAUCCUCUGUACUCGCCUCCUCCUCAAAAUCCAUUGGAGGAGAUGGUCAGAGGGGAGGGACCUCUGGCUUUCUCAUGCAAUGAGUUUUGAGGAGGAUACGAGGGGUAUGCAAUUGAGAUCUUCCCAUUUACCCUUUUUAACGUGAAUUGAUCUGAAGUCCUGUGUCACUUGUGGACCUUCUAGGAUCUGGAGACACGGAACGCAGAACUUGAGCAACGAGUGGAGAGCGCCGAGCAGACUCUGGCUUCCUCUCUGGAGGAGCGGGAUAGAGUGGAGAGCGAGGUUCAGCGGGUCAUCGACGUCCUGGACGUCAAGAUCUACGACCUGAAUGACCUGCGACAGAGCUUGGCCAAGCUCAUCGACAAAUAGCGCAACGUAAUGACAGGAUUGUAGAGGGUGAUGGACAAGGAAGGAAAGGAUGCUAGCUCUUUUGGAACAAUGUUUGCUCAAGCACAUUAUUACAGUGGUUAAGAGUAGAACCGUGGAUCCACCUGUUGCAGCGGUACAUUGUUAUUUUCAAGGUGGUGGGCGGGAGCAGUCUUCUUUUUUUUCUAUUUUCACGUUACUGGGAGAGAAAUGUUCUGUCGACGUUUACAGCAUUUAUGUAAAUGUUGUGAGUCAGUCAACCUGCUGUUAUAGAGGUUAUCUUUAACUUUAAAAGUAGUUUAAUUGAAUCUAGGCUUGCACUUAAAAAUGUAGGUGCCAAAUUGUUUACGUUUGUCAGUAUUAGCAAUUAAUAAUAGGUUUACUUCUAUUGUUUUAUGUAUUGUAUCAUAUUAACAGUUUACAUAAUAAUGAUUUGAUAAUCCUACAGAAAGGGUACUCAAUGACAACUUCAUGAGCUCAGCAAAGAACCUUGCGAAGUACAGUAAUGUGAGUUAUGCGCAUUACCCAAUGUGCAACCUUUUACAAAUAGAUUUAAAAGCACAAGUAGUGUUAUUAGUAAAUAUUUACUGUACUUGAUUCAAUGCAAAGCUAACUUGGUAUCUGAACUUUCACUGAUGCACACCAUCGAGAUUCUCUUCUGUCUUAGGCAUUGAGGCAUUUUUUCUUGGUAUUA